GUUAAUGUCGACGAAGAAGAGAAAGCUCUUAACGGAAGUAGAAUUUUCCGGUGUCCUUGUGGAAGAGGAAGGACUGUAGACGCGCUGUAAAGAUGUACCGACAUAUACAUGCGCUCCAGCAGGUGGCGCGGCGGACCAUCUCCAGUUCUGUCCGCCGUCAGUUGGACAACAAAGUCCAGAAUAAGCAGAAGCUAUUUCAGGAGGAUAAUGGGAUACCGGUUCAUUUAAAAGGAGGCGUAUCUGACGCUCUGCUCUACAGAACAACCAUGAUGCUCACUGUUGUGGGAGCGGGAUAUGUGGUGUACGAACUGGUGAAGGCGGCGUUCCCUCGGAACAAAACCUAGCUCAACUGCAUCGGCUGUUUACUUCCAUUUUAAAACUGGCCACCUCUUUCUGUAUAAAAGCUGAUGAUACUCUGCCUGUGUUGGGCCGUGUGUUUCCUGUUAUGAUGGGAUGUUUCAUGUUCAUGGGAUCAAUAUUUAUUUGAGUCGUUCUGAUGACCAAAAGGAUCAAUAAAAAAAUAAUGCUUCUCAUGA